CCGGGUUCCUACUCGACUUCACUUGAGCCCUACAUUUCCUGGCAGAUCUUCUCCAUUUUUGCAUCUCUUCGGUCACCUUAACAGUGUAGUGAAGAAGUUUCAUAUUAUUACAGGCAAGAUGAAAGUUAUACGCAGUGUCUUAUGGGCUGCCAAUGCUUUCAAAUUACAUUCUUCUCAAGCUUUCAGGACCUUUUCUGCACUUCCAAAUUAUGGUAUUCAAGGGAAGACUGAAAGCAAAAUAUGCAGUAAUCAACACUCAAUCUUGGGAUUGAAUGUUCAUUCACCAUAUAAUGUUGGUAGGAGGUGUUUCAUACAUUCUGAAAGCCCAAAGGAAGCUGAGAUGGGAAACAAUUCUCGACCAAUGGACUUUGUUAGAGGACUUACGGAGGACAAUACGAGGGGUGUUCUGGGUGGUGCUCCACUUUCUAGGUAUCACGUUGAGCAGGAUGCUGAUAUUGUUCAUAUAAAAGUUCUUCGCAACAAUGCCUUUGUUACUGUGACGGAUUCAAAAGGGAACAAAAAGUUUGGGUCUAGUGCAGGUAAGAUAACAGGAAAAGGAACAAAAAUUGCAAGAUACGCUGCCGAAUCAACUGCAGAACAUGUUGGGCGUGAAGCCAGAGACCGGGGCUUGAGGUCAGUGGUCAUGAAAGUAAAUGGCUUUACUUUCUUUAAGAAAAAGAAGCAAGCAAUUCUAAGCUUCAGAGAGGGCUAUACUCAUUCUCGUGGAGAUAAGAAUCCUGUGGUAUUCAUUGAGGACACAACACGACGUCCCCAUAAUGGAUGCCGCCUCCCAAAGAAGCGUCGCAUCUGAUUGUUAAUUGGAUGAUCAAUUUUUCCUGUUAUUUGGAGUGUGAUAAGUUAGCCUUUAGAUGUUUGUAGGGAAUGAAAUCCUUUUUACUGAUUGAUAAACAGUCCCUACUGGUUUUGGAGGUCUUCAGCUGUCUUAAUACAUGGAGUAAAAGUAGGCUGCUUCCGCUUAUCAAUUACACAGUAUCUGAUGUGAUAUUGACAACAUCAGAUUGCAAAUAGGGCUUUGUUUUGUGCAAUUGGUGGGAGACUUUUUGUCGAGAUUAAACCUCAACCUCUGAAAAGGUUUCAUGGAAACUGCUGUAUUACCAUUGAUGAUUUCAUUUUGCGACUGAUAAAUUGGUAUUUAUUGGUCAUAUUUAUACUUGAACUGAACGUGUACUGAUGGUUCAGUCCAUUUAGAUUAUCGAAGAGUUGUUUCAUGUUUUCAGGUGUUUAA